AUGGGAGAUUUAAAUGCUAACACAGCAAAUUUGACAUUUACAAGCUUCUCUGAUGAUAAAGAUGGUGAAACCAAAGAAAAAUAUGAAGAUCUACGUAUUGAGCAAAGACAUGUUAGAACACGAAUAAAAAAAAAACCUACUGGAAGAAACAACAAAGAAUUUAUAGAAGAACCUACUGAAAAACAACAAAGAAAACCCACUAAAAAUGGUGAACCUACCCACCGAAAAACGACGAAUUUACCGAAGAAAACUGAUGAUAAAUCUAGCGAAAACCGACGAAGAUUAACACCAAGAAAUGACGAAUUUACCAGAAGAACCCACAAAAAAACGACAAAGAGCCCUGAAUGA